AUGCGCGCCCACGGGAGCACGGUGCCGGCGUUCAUGUCCACCGCGCCCGCGUCGAGGUCCGCGACGGACGCGGGCGACGCCCGGGGGUUCGGGGCGAGCGCGUCGAGCUCGAACGCGAUGGACAAAUUUUCAACGGCGACGAUCGCGAGCGGUGUCUUCGACGCGCUGGCGGCGCGAAUCCUCAGCGCGCGCGACGAAAACCGAGCGGUGGACGUGCCGGAUGACGUCCUAGAGGCGCUGGCGUGGACGUGGGGGGAGAGCGCGGUGCGAAAAGCGCUGGAGACGCUGCAGAGCGGGCGCGUGCGCCGCGUGACGGCGGCGCGAAGCGGACGCGCGAUGUACGUCGUGGCGAGCGGAGACGGCGCGCAGGGGGAGAAACGGGCGUAUUUGUGUUUUCCCACGCACUUUUGCUCGUGUCGAAGUUUCUUUUGGGAGUGCGUGAAUCGAGGGGAGACGGUGGGGUGUAAACAUCAGCUCGCCGCGCGUCUCGCGAGCGUCUUGGGGGCGCAUCGCGACGCGACGGUGGACGACGCGUUGCUCGGGAACAUGAUGAUGAAAUACUUCGAGGGCGACGCCGCGAUGUGA